GAUCGCCUUUUUUUUUGGACAGCGGACUGCCAGUACCGUCUGCACCGUCUGUACCGUUUGUACCGUUUGUUCAACCGUUCGAUAGCUUUGACACUUGGCGAGGAUCAUCGAGCUUCAGAGCAUCGAUCGAUCAGCACCCUCCCACCAGAGCACCAGAACACCAGAGCACCCUCCAUACCACACACCACACGCCGCCCCACACACACAAAUCCGAGCGAACACUUGGCUUGUGAUGAAAUUUGAAAUUCGUGAAAAUCUCGAGAAGAACGAGAGGAACAGUGAAACGCGUGUCGCUAUAUAGUCGUAUGUGAACACGGAUUCCGAUAUCUGUGUCUGUGUGUAAUAUAUUAUUGAUUUGGCAUCGACAUCUGAAUCAUCAGCCACCUAUAACCACCGCCGACGAGAGACACCGAAAGACGAGGGACAAGAGACGAGACGAGAAGCGGAAUCUGCUUCCCAGAGAUCCCACCCGAUCUAUUCGAAAAAACUGCGUGUGGGACACCAUUUCAUCGUCAUGACGAAGGACCAGCAGGCCACUCCCAUACCCGAGGAGCUGUACAAUCUCACACAGCUGGCGGAGGUCACGCUGGCAGCGGGUCCCCUGAUCACGGACGGCGAGGUUAAGCCCCACUUCUAUGCCUGUUCGUCGGACGAUGACUCCAAUUACUACAGCCACAAGGUGUUCGAUCGCAGGAAACUGCGGCGCUGCACCAUCUCCGACUCGAACUCCUGCACCAGCAGCAGCAGCAGCAGCCACAGCAGCCACAGCCACCAAUCCGGGGAGCCCCAGGAGCAGGAGCGGCACGAUCAUCAGGAGCAGGCCACGGAGGACGAGCACAUCUGUCCCGAGUGCGGCAAGAAGUAUUCCACAUCCUCGAAUCUGGCGCGCCAUAGACAAACCCAUAGGUCAAUUAUGGACAAGAAGGCACGCCAUUGCCCCUUCUGCGAGAAGGUGUACGUGUCGAUGCCCGCCUACUCGAUGCACGUGCGCACCCACAGCCAGGGCUGCGAGUGCCACCACUGCGGCAAGUGCUUCUCCCGCCCCUGGCUGCUGCAGGGCCACAUCCGCACCCACACCGGGGAGAAGCCCUUCAAGUGCAGCGUCUGCAGCAAGGCCUUUGCGGACAAGUCCAACCUUCGGGCCCACAUCCAGACGCACUCGAACACCAAGCCGCACUCGUGCUCCCGCUGCGGCAAGGCCUUCGCCCUGAAAUCGUAUCUGUACAAGCACGAGGAGUCCUCCUGCAUGAAGAACCGCAGCAGCGGCGGUGGCAGCGGCAGUGGCAGCGGCAGCGGCACAGGGCGACCCCCUGCAUCGCCCAAGCGGCAGCAGGAGGGCGGCUCCAGCUGUGGCUCCAGUUCGGGCUCGAUUUCGGGCUCCCCCUCGACGGUGACAACGACCGCCCCUCCGGACUCGGCCAAGUCGACGCUGGCCAAUAAGCUGCUGCAGAAAGAGAAGGAGCGGCGGCAGGCGGCACUGGCAUACCAGAGCUCUUCCUCCUCCUACCCGUUGGGCGACAACGAGCACUUCAAGCGGACCAAUGUGAUCCAGCCGACGGCUCUGGCCCAUCCGAGUGUGCUCUACCAAACGAUGCAUCCGCUGCACUACCACUAUCACGUACCCAACCCACCGCCCCCCACAGAGGGCGGUGCGGCAGGCACCGGGGCACAGGAGCAGCCGGUCGACUUUUCGCCAAAGAACAACUUCACGCACUCGGCCAAGACAAGUCCCUUUGAGCUCACGGGCAACUAUGCGAUGGUGGCAUAGUCCCAGGGCAGGGACCACAUGCAGAAUAUAUCCAAGCAAAAGACACCAGAGAGAACGAAAGAACUUCAGAAUCGAGGAUAGCAAAACCCCCACAAAGCACCCACCCUGCACCACCCAGAGUCCAAGUCCAAGUCCAAGUCCAAGGCCAUUUUCUUACUGUAGUCAACGAAUAUGUGAUAAAAAAACAAAAAUGCAAAAGAGCUAAAGUACCAUUUAGAGAGUAGAUGAUUCCAAAGAGAGAGCACUAGCUGAUCCACGAGACAGAUCACUCCAAAAUAGAGCGAGACAGAGCGAGAGAGAGAGAGAGAGAGAGAGCGCAAAGGAAGAGGAGCAGAGGAAGUUAUACACACGAUAUAGAUAUCUAGACAGGGAUCGAUCCGAUGGCCCCUCUAAGGCCGCGAUCGUUUGAUCUUCACUUAGUUGUAAUGAGACUUCUUUAGAGACUUGCCAAGAACAACGACAAACCACCAAUGUAACCAGUAUUUUUUUGAUAGCACAUACAAUACGAUCGAUCGAUUGGUCGAUCGUUCGAUCAGCAUAUAUGUAGAUCCAGAGAUCGUCCCCGCUCACCCGAUCGUCGACACCCACAGCAAAGCUAAUUUUAUACACACACACACACAUUUCUUCUCACUUAGAAUUAUGAUUUUACAAGAUACAACAUAGACACACACGCACACAUAAACACUGAAAAGUAUACAUAGUUAACCUUAUUAAUCAUUUCGCUUUAAGGCAUUGAGGAUGGGGCUUCCUGCUUCCCGCACGGAAGUCGGUCCAAAACGAGAGAUAUCUAGUCUUUAUCUUUAAAUUCGGCGCACAUCUUGUGGGUCUCCUCCACAUGUGUGCGGCACUUUAUUUUAAGCACUCUUACGGCCGCAUGUGGUGCAAUAAUUGACAUAACUAUAACACUAAUUAGCCCCUGACACACACCCCUACCCCUAGCUAUACAUCUAUACAUCUGAAGACCUAUAGAUCUAUAGAUCUAUACACAUAUCGCAUAUUAUUUUGUAGCACUUUACACAUUACGAGUAGUUAUCGUCGAGCAUAUUUAGAGGGACACGAGAAGCACACUGCAUUUUCUAUACUCAACCCAACUCCACCUACGACUCGAACCUACAGCUAAUCGCACCAAAGAUAUCGUACAUACAUACACCUACUCUAUAGAGUGCACCUGCAUAUACCUUGGUGCACACACAUUAUAUAUUCGUACUUAACAUAUACACCCUAUAUCUAGAUCUUAAAAUUGUAUUAUAGAUUUGCACAUUUAUUCGAAUUAAACGAGAGAUCCAACGAUCCCUGAGAAAUGAA